AUUAUAUUAAUGAAUUCACAGUUGUAGUUUCUUAAAAUUUCUAAUUCUUCGCUUUGAUUAGAGUUAGCCAAAACUUUUUUGAAAUUAUAUGGUGAUUCUCGUAUGAUUUCGUCAAUUGAUAUAUCAUUAUCUUCACAUAUCCAUAUGUGUUCCCAAUCUUCCUGGAAGAUUUUCCCACAUCUUAUACAUUUAUCUGUAUCUAUUUUAUUCGUGUUUCUUUUGAAUAAAAUGUUAUAUGUGGGUAAUUCUUUAAGUAAAUUUUUGAUUCUGUAUGAGCGUUCUAUCAUAUCUCUAUCACCACAUUGUCUUUGCGAAAAUUUAACUCUAUUACUAAUAAAUUCAAGACUUGUGAUCCAGUCAAAUUCGUUUCUAUAAUUAUACAUAAAUAGAUCCUCUAAUCUCUCGCUGUUUAA